UAACAGAUAUAGCACAAAAUUGUGUACUUCGCACAGUGCAUAUAGUUUUGUACAUGUUGUUUUUGCAUUUUCCUUUGAGAUUAUGAGAAUUAACAUUAAACAGUGUUUAAAUGUUUUAUUGAUAGUUCCAGCCUGAAACAAUUGUCAUAAUGCUGCCUGAGCUUUACAUAUAAUAUUCAGAAUUGCUUUUCCUUUGUUAUUUUUUAUAAAACUUUUACAUAAAUUAUUUUUUCUAUUAACAAAAUUCUUGAAUUCGAGUGAAAAAUUAUCUUCCAUAUGAGCUCACUGGCAUUAUUUUCAUUAUUUCAGGAGUGACUAGACUGAGAGAUGGUAUUGUACGCAUGAUAUGAAGCAAAAACUCGCUGCACAGAAGGAGUUGCCAGAUCGCAUAUUUUAUUAUAUAAAGAAACAUUUGAAAGCGUAUUAUUUAGGGGAUAAUAAUUUCUUUUUAAACUGGUUUUCAGUUAAAAAUAAUUUAUUAUUUGAUGACUGAAUUAAGCUUUGAGUAGUAUGAAAUUUGAAAUAGUUCUUUAAAAUUUAGCCAUAUAUUAAGAGGUAUUUAGAUAAAGAGAAUGUCGACUAUCAGUGAUAAUAAUUUGGGAAAUGAUAACACUGCUGGAAGCAGUGGGACAGGUGGAGAUUGUAAUAGUAGAUUAAGUAAACAGCAUUAUUCCACAAAUGUUCUUCAUAGGAUUAGUGGUACACUCGAAGAUAAAAAUAAUGAUUAUCUGUGCCCUAUUUGUUUUGAGGUUAUCGAUGAAGCUCAUAUCACACGUUGUGGUCAUACAUUUUGUUAUCGUUGUAUAGUGAAAUCUCUAGAAGCCAAUGGGCGUUGUCCCAAAUGCAGUUAUACGUUAACACAACAAGAUAUUUUCCCAAACUUUUUGUUACAUGAAUUAAUAUCAAAAUAUAAGACUAGAAUUAAGGGUCUUAGUGAGCUAGGAUCUUCUUAUGCAACUGAUGGUAGGCACAGAGGUAUAGGUACAGAUUUAUGUUUACCACCCUAUGACGGAUUGAAAGACAUUGUAGCAGCUGAAAGUGCUAAUUUAACAUUACCUGAUAUAAACGUAAUGUUAGAAGUAUUAACACAAAAAAAACAUUUGCUUGAAGCAGAAACUUGUGCAGCACAAAAUAAGUUAUUGCAUGAGUUUUUGAAGCAUUUAUUGCAACAAAAGGAAGAACAAAAAAAUCAGUUACAAAAAGAAAUAACAUUGAUUAAGAGAGAUACAGAAGAAGUCGAAAAUAUUUUAAGGGAUGUUCAAAGUAAAUGUCCAAAAAUGGAAGACUUAAAGAAAUCAAGUGAGAACGAUACCGCACAGGUCUCUGCUAUUAAAAGAGAGAUGAUUGGACUUAUAGACAUAAUAGAUUCGAAUAUGGUAAAGCCAAUAGAUAAAACAGGAUCAUCUGGGAAUGAUACAUUUGUUAAUCCUCCAGGAAGUCAGAAGCAAAAUGAAUAUACACCUGGUUCUACUUUGGCCCUACGCAGAAAGAGAAUGCAUGCUCAUUUCGACGAUUUUGUGCAAUGUUACUUUGAUUCCCGUGCCAAAGAGCUACACCUUGGACAUAAAGCUGAAGGACAGAAUGAUGCAUGGCAUGGUUCAAGUUCAGGAUUGGAUGUUUUCAGAGAGAAUCUUGUUAAAUUUUUAAAGUAUAAUUCAUUACGCCCAUUGGCAACUUUAAAUUACUCAUCGGAUAUUUUUAAUAAUUCUACUAUUGUUUCAAGUAUAGAAUUUGAUAAAGACAAUGAAUUCUUUGCAAUAGCCGGAGUCACAAAACGUAUAAAAGUAUUUGAUUACAGCGCCGUAAUUAGGGAUACUGUAGACAUUCACUAUCCAUGUGUAGAAAUGACUUCUAGCUCUAAGAUAUCAUGCGUUUCAUGGAAUUCUUUCCACAAGGGAAUGUUAGCAUCAUCUGAUUAUGAAGGAACUGUAACAGUCUGGGAUGCUGCAACGGGUCAAAGAACAAAAGCAUUUCAAGAACACGAGAAAAGGUGCUGGUCUGUCGACUUCAAUGAUGUAGACACUAGAUUGAUAGCAUCAGGCUCAGAUGAUACCAGAGUUAAAUUAUGGUCCUUGAAUAACGAUCAUUCCGUUGCUUCUUUAGAAGCAAAAGCUAAUGUAUGCUGUGUUAAGUUUAAUCCACGUAGUUCAUGUCAUUUGGCAUUUGGAUCUGCAGAUCAUUGUGUCCAUUAUUAUGAUUUGCGUAACAUGAAUGGAGCAUUAUGCAUAUUUAAAGGACAUCGUAAAGCCGUUUCGUACGUAAAGUUCAUUAACAAGGAAGAGAUAGUAUCGGCAAGCACUGAUUCACAAUUGAAAAUGUGGAACAUUAAUAAUCCACAUUGUUUGCGAUCGUUUGUCGGACAUGUUAACGAGAAGAAUUUCGUAGGUCUUGCCACCGACGGUCAUUAUGUAGCAUGUGGAUCUGAAAACAAUGCAUUAUAUGUAUAUUACAAAGGACUCACCAAACAAUUAUUCUCUUAUAAAUUCGAUGCUGGUCGAAGUAUACUAGAAAUGCAAGAAAGAAGAGAAGAGGACCUAAAUGAAUUUGUGUCUGCAGUUUGUUGGAGACAAAUGUCUAAUGUUGUAGUGGCUGCCAAUUCUCAAGGGAUUAUUAAAAUAUUGGAACUUGUUUGAAGAUAAUCUUAACAUAAUGCAUAUACUGCUAUGCAAACAAACACACAUAUAUAUGAAUAUGAAAUCUGUUCGAUAUAAUUAAAAUUUAUCCAUUUCACUGCUCAGACAUAAAACAACAACGAGACGUAAACAUUUAUUCUAAGUGUUAUAGUAAUUUGUUAGGAGGCAAAUUGUAAAAAAAGAAAGUAUCAAAUACCAGAAAAUCUAAAUUA